AUGCUGCAGCCUAGGCAAAUCAGUUGGAACCACUGUGUUCUUGUCUGGGAUCGUGAGGACGGGGAAGAAUCGCACAUUCGGCUAUUCGACCUGGGUUCUGCGAAUGGAACAUGGAUCAACAACACACGUGUAAAGCCGGGAACAGGAGCCGAGGACGGUCGACUGCUCAAGAAUGGCGACACUGUGGCGUUCGGCAUCACCAGGACCAGCUCCAACGAGCUCAUGAACGAUGCGACAUUCGAGUACGAGGACGGACAAGACCUACGCUACACCUUCUAUCAGUUCACCGAAAAUGGCCCGCCGGAGAUGACCAAGAAUGAGGAGGACAUUCGCAAUACGCUGGACAUGUUGGAUCGUGAACAUCUGAACAUCAAUGUUCAAAGACGUAUACUGAACUCCUACUUGAACCCCGAGCCAGAACCUGAGCGCCCGCUCUUCGGUGGCGCGGUGAAAGCUGCGGUCAAGGCUGAGCCCCUCAGUGUCAAGCUCGAGCCGCUAGAUGGUUCAAUUCCUGCGACACCACGACUUUUCGCUCCGGGUCACCCAAUCAAGGAUGAGCCUACCGAACAGCGGCCAAGUACCAUAACCGAGGAGGAGAGGGGAUGGAUCAAGGUCGCACUGGACCAUGCGGACGCGACCGAAGCGGAGCUCGUCCAAUUGAGAGACGAACUUAACAAAGAAGCCGGUGACUUCCUCGAGCCUGUCCGAUACGAUCCGUUCGAGGGUCUCGAAUGGAUAACGGACAAGAACGUUAACCCUGACAAGACCGAGGACGAAGAGAUCCACGCCGCACUCGCGACAGCCGUGUACGAUAUUCCUCCUGCACUCCCUGACGGCGCUACCAGUACCACCGACAUUGCAAGUGAAGGUCAUGACCCUCAUGGCGCAGACUGGAACGAUCCUCAAAUCGUUUGGGUUGGCGACCUGCACCUCGACCGCUCGAAGCCAUUGCGCAUACCACUAGCAUGGAUCUACUGGUCCAACGCGCACCAUCUGCCGGUGUAUGCUCAUCCGAACUUCAAGCUCAUCAAGGAAAGCCUACAUGCCCCAACCGCGCGACCUCAUGCGCGGCUAGCCAAACUAUUCAGCGACGCCAGUGCCGCUACGGCUCAACGCGAUCUGGCCGCAGCAGAAGCUGAGGCCGCUGCUGAGGCCGGGGCGGAAGAUGAAGGCCGGGGCACGCCAGUAGAAGAUGAUGGGGCCAGCGACAGGGCGUCUCCAGACGCUGAGAACCUUGGCGAGGGCGGUACAGAAGCACCGGAGCCGGCGACUGUCGGCGAAGUACACGACUGA